UGAGCCCUCGAGGGGGGUCGGGCCCCAGGCCGGUCCGGGAGAGAUGGCGCAGCCCAUCCUGGGCCAAGGCAGUUUGCAGCCCGCCUCGGCCGCGGGCCUGGCCGGCCUGGAGCUCGACUCUUCGCUGGACCACUACGUGCAGAUUCGCAUCUUCAAAAUCAUCGUGAUCGGGGACUCCAACGUGGGCAAGACCUGCCUGACCUUCCGCUUCUGCGGGGGCACCUUCCCGGACAAGACUGAAGCCACCAUCGGCGUGGACUUCCGGGAGAAGACGGUGGAAAUCGAAGGAGAGAAGAUCAAGGUCCAGGUGUGGGACACAGCGGGUCAGGAACGCUUCCGGAAGAGCAUGGUAGAACAUUACUACCGCAAUGUGCAUGCCGUGGUCUUUGUCUACGAUGUUACCAAGAUGACAUCCUUCACUAACCUCAAAAUGUGGAUCCAGGAGUGCAACGGGCAUGCCGUGCCCCCCCUCGUCCCCAAAGUGCUUGUGGGCAACAAGUGUGACUUGAGGGAACAGAUCCAGGUACCCUCCAAUCUAGCUCUGAAAUUUGCCGACGCCCACAACAUGCUCUUGUUUGAAACAUCAGCCAAGGACCCCCAAGAGAGCCAGAACGUGGAGUCCAUUUUCAUGUGCCUGGCUUGCCGUUUGAAGGCCCAAAAAUCCCUGCUUUACCGUGAUGCUGAGCGGCAGCAGGGGAAGGUGCAGAAACUUGAGUUCCCACAGGAAACCAACAGUAAAACUUCCUGUCCCUGUUGAAACCAAAUGGUGUAAAUACAAGCUAAGGUAUCACUGGAGUUUUAUUCUUUCCCUUUUUUUUCUUUCUUUUUCUCCCGUGCCUGCAGUAAAGCUGACACCCACUUGUUUCCAUACAAGUUGCUAUUACAAUAAAACUUUGUAUAGAUUAUAA